AUGGCCUUCGACAUCUUCCCCUCGGCUCGUAUCGAUUUGACUGCUUGCAUCCGCAAUCUCGGCGUUCAACCAGAUGUCUCCCAAGUCGCCGAGCGAUACCUACGGGCCCCUGUAACCAAGUGCCUUGUAUGCCCCAGCUCACCAAACUUACACGUCCACUCCCGCCUCAACGCCUACGUCUUUGACUCAGAUGGCGUACACACCGCUGAGACUACUAUCUUGAGAUGCCCUGGUAAGAUUGCUUUAGUUUUGUCAUUAAAUUGCCUAGCUACUACACCAAGAAUGAUGUACGCUGCUACUACACGAUGGAAAUGGGCCGUGAUCCGGAAACCCUCCACCCGUGGUUGUACACUGAAGCCUUCGCGUGAUAGCGUUUCACAUUUCAAUUUAGUUAACUGGUACAAUCGUACUUAUGUCGACAACUGCAACAUCCCCCAAUUCGCCUCCGAUCAAGCCUUCACCCCGGCGAUGUCGCAGCCGAUGUGCAGCGAUGGCCUGGACUUGAUUUCUCUCCUCAACCACGCAGAUCGUCGUGGGACCCAGCUGAUGGUCAGUGCGAGCGGGACAGACCACCUACGUUUCGAGGAUGCAAUGGCCGCUCACCUGGAACUGCUGGCUGUUGAGGGCACACGAGACCGAGACCAUUACUGUUCUCGUUGUGUGCGUAUUCAAUCAGCCGGAAUUGAUUCUGACACUGGGGAAGAAAUCUUAUUAGACCGUAUCUUGUCAUGGAAGUUUGCUUCCAUAAGAUUACUAAGAGGACUUUGUGAGUACAAAUGCCUCAAACAACUAUUGUACAAUCCGAGGCCUUUCACUUCACCAUGGAACCUCCCAUGGCUGACUUGGCACAAUAGAACUUCACAAAUUUGGGUUCGUGCAGUAGGACCUCCCCAUACCACCGCCGCGUUGAUAGCGCGAAGAGGCAGAGGCAUAAUCAACGUCCCAAAUACUAAUAAAUUACCACAUGGAACUUUGAUAUGGACGUGGCAUUGCUGCGUCCAUGUUGGAGUUCCCAACCCCGACUUGGCCCUCGCUUCAACAUCUCAAUCAGCACCUACCUACCCAAAGUUUACCAAGAUGCCUUUCCCGGCGGUCAUGACCGCUAUUAUUUCAUGUCCUGAGAUCGCGACUCGUGUGGAGCCCACGCAGACUGGCAUUGGGUUGCACUCGUCCAGCACUCACCUCGCCUUGAAAGGUGAUGACCAGCAUGGUCAUGCAGUGGCACCCCUCAAGGCUCUCGGUUUCGUGAUGCCUUCCGAAGCCCUGCAGCGUGCAAGGACUUACAGUAUCAUUGGUCCCUUUGGUCACGAUGACAUUUCUGGCGAAAGCACGAUCGAAUACGCUCUCGACCCCAAGACAACGGUCGUAACGAACCCGCCUGAUGAUCCACGCCACCUUGCGGGCAAAGCCACCCUUAAUGGCCUCGGCGUUGUUCUGGAUUUUUAUCUUGAAGAUGUGGACGAUCUCACCGGGUGGGAAUUAACUAUCAAUGCAAAACACGACUGGUAUGACCCGAUAAACGAGGUUAUGAAAGAGUUCAUCAUCACAUAUCACUUUGGAUUGAUGACUCCACCAGACUACGAAUUAGGGCGGGUCGUGGCUGGUGCGAGGAUUUGGUUCCAUGGCACUGUCCUUCGAAAAGAUCCAGUUUCUGGACGGUUCAUUUUCAAAGUGCGCAACUUCGAGUUUACAGAGUGA